AUGGUUCAAAACGUAGAGGUGAAUCUGGGGGAAAAGCAGAAAGGUAAAGUUACUUAAUAGUUGUUGAACAGCUCUACACAGUUGUCUCAAACUUUUGAUUCGGCCCCUGCAUGCCAGCCUGCAAGACAAGCACGAUACUUGGCCACUCAGACUGUGUAACCGUACAUAACAGAACAAAAGUAAUGUAUGAUAGACGAAUUCAACGAAUUUUCUCUCCUGUUAUUGUGAAGCAUUUCCAAAGUGUGCCGACCUUUUGCGACUGACGAAAUAUAGUUCUCGUCUAGAGAAAGGAAUACUUCGGGGGAAGACUUUGUAGUGGUAUAUGUACUAACAGGGUUUUACACAAUUUUCCUAAUUCUUUUUGCUGAAAAGGAUAAAAAUUCGAUUUACAUGCGCAUUAGUGCGACCCUUCCGUUUAACGCCGGUUGCAAAUUAAACAUUUUUACGUGGUGCAAAAGUCUGAAGGUAGUUCGAACGCGUUAGCGACUUCCGUGUUUGUGUUAUGUCUCCAUGGCUUGAAUCUUUGUUUGACGUCACUAUUAAUCUUCAGUUUGGUAUCACCAAAUGCUGCCCAGCGCGGAUUCUAUCCAUGUUUGUAAACUUUCCGAAUGCGCAAUACUUUGAACUCAGUUAGGUCUUAUUGGCAGUUGACAUUGAAAGUUAAACACGUUUUGACGUUUUUCAAAUACCAUAACUAGUUGGAGUUUUGAAAACGAUUUUGCGUUUAAGUCGCUGUUGGUUCCACGUUCAUCAUUUCUAUGGUUCAAAGCUUUUCUUCAAUAUAAACAAAAACUAGGAAUACAGCGAAGAUGAUGGGUUGGCCUUUUCUCUGGUCAAUUCGCUAGUUUAAUUUGUUCAGAAAGCCGGCAUCUCUAAAAAAAUCCUGCGGGAUAAACAAGGCAAUUUAAUUGAGACAAAGAUAUUAUAUUUUUGAUAUUUCUUUCAGCGCGUAGUUUCUGUAAACAACACAUACAUUAACCAUUAUAAGAAGGCGCUUAUAUCGUUAAUGGUGCCUCUUGAAAACCGCAAGGAAAGAAUAAAACCGUGAAAUUGCAAUUGACAGAAACCGAAGACAAGUUGACAAAUUAAAGAGGCCAAAUUCACAAACCCCUUUAUAGUUUUAAGAAAAAAAAAACACAUCUUAGCCUCAUUCUUUGGUUAAAUCCGUAUUUUAAAGAGGUUUUACUAACUUUCAUCAGUGCGAUCUAAACUAACUGUUAACUUUGUUCAUGAUGGUAGGAGCGAGUAAAGUCACAAUAUUCGGUGCUGCCAGGUAAUAGAAUCGGCCAAGUAAUUUCUGACAUAAAAGUCUGAAUUACAAACACAACUGCGCCUGAACUGUAGAACACAAAGUCUGCGAUUCAGCACUAAAUUAUUGUAUCAAUUACACCAAAAUAUGAGAAACGCAAAUAAGGGAAUGUUAAAUGCAUGUAAGCGCAAACUUCCUUUUAAACUCUACUGUCCAAGGGGAAAAUGUUUUCAAGCUGAAGCCGGGUAAAAUGCUCAAUGAAGACUUUUUUCCCGUUGAUUAUGAUUGGCUAGUAUUAUAUAUAUUAGCAUGGGAUCUGGUAGUUAAAUGUUAUUGGCUAGUGGCAUUUGUUGCUUCAUUUUCAUUGGCUGUUUAACUGUGUGCUUUAGCAUGUCCUAUUACAAGCUGCUUGCAGUCGUAUGGGUCAAAUUUGAUGACUUUUUUCCUAUUAACAGUAUUGCUUUUCUUUCCUGACUUAUGAAGGUACCCUCCACGCAACAGUUGGAAUCCGGGUCCUUAAUAAAACGUCUGAGGGAUACUGGGUCCUUAUGAGAUUCAACCUGUCACACGUGGGGGAAAAUGUGGACAUAGGUCGAGACGUCCUAAUAAGGACAAACUACUUCCUGGUUCGACUUCAGCGGCUAGAUUCAAGGUGAUUUUAAAAAUUUGUAGCUCAAAAAGGUGAAAAGAACAAGAAUCUGUGAGGGGUGAAGGGGUUGGAGCAAUGUGAUUAUGUAAGGAUAAAGGGCUCGCGGUUUCGAUUAGCGAUAACUCACUUUUUUCUUAACUAUUAUUAUCACAACCAAACAAACUCCCACAAACUAGUUACGCUAAUAGGCACAUUUAAACGAUCAUGAAUAUUAUUAUAAUAUGUUUUUUCAUUGCAAAUGAUUUGUAAGGACAUUUUUGGUGAAACUUUUCGGUGAAACUCACCUGAAGAGAUUGCCCGUGUGUUACCAACCACUAGACUGUCACUAAAGCAAAUGCGUUCUGCUCGGAGUUCGAUUCGGCCGGCACUGGUGUCCGUCUCUGCUCUUACCUGAAUAAUUAUAAAUAACAACCAAUACAGCGAAGAUUUUAAACCGUUAGCAUCAGGGCUGGAUAGUUACAUCAGUGGCACUGUUGAAGUUUAACUUUGGAACCAAUGCAGUUGCCAAACCCAAAAAUUUACUUACGGAUAAGGAAGAUAAACCGUAACCCUGUGUCACUAACCUUGCACUGAAUAAAUUAUGAGGGACGUUAAAGAACUCACACACUGCCGCCGAAAGAGUAGGGGACGUAGUUCUUGGUGUGGUGGUCUAUCUCAAAUUCACACUCACAUAGUCAUUCCUUCAUUACUUGUGAACUGCUAAAUGAAGCAGCAGUGGCAGGUCCAGGAGAAGCCCCCCCUCCCCCCCCCCCCUUACCCUGAAAAACCCUUAGGGUUUAUUUACAAUCUUCAUACGUCUAUAUUUUAGAACAGCAAACAACGGAACUGGAAGAUUAGUUGAACUUUAUGGGAAUUAUUCCACCAGUGAAGAGCUUUUGCGUCUUGUGUUUGGCAUUCUUGAACAGUUACUCCCAUCGCUCAAGCGAGACCUGUACGAAGACGUGGAUGGUAUAAAGGGGGCUGGAUUCAACUCGAUUCACCCUGAGGAGUCUCUUCUGCUGCCACAUCCUGUAAAAAUGCAUCGAGAAGCAAACACUUCUGAUAAGGAUAUCAUCCGGAUAAGGAAUCAUUUUAACAACUCAGAUUUCACAAACACGUCAUCAGAGGUUGAUGUAGAUAUGAAUAUGACUUACUCUGAUUUUGCAUCUGUCAACAAGAGCAGCGGAAUGAUACUUGAGAGUAGCUCUCAUCUUUAUACAGAGUUGAACUUAGGAGAAUUUAUUGACAACAACGGGGGUCUGAAUGAUACGAUAUCAACCAUAAUGAAAGUUAAUUUGACAAGGCACCUGUGGCUCGUAGAAACAGAAAAUUUCGAUUUUUUGAAGAUAAAUCCAAAUGUUUUUGUGAAGCUUAAAGUUUCAAAAAUGUCCACUUUUUCACUCAACGAAACUGAAAAGUUUCCAUAUAAUGCUACUAAUUCAAGUGAAAUCCCGACAAACGUUUCCGCGCCGAUGCAACAGCACAACUCAACCAACUCGUCAAUCACCUCUUUGAAACGCGUUCGGAGAGCCAACGACGAGGACAAUAAAAUUAUUCGUGAAAUAUGGGCAAAAACGGAGCCAUUGCACCUUGGUGCGGAGAAAACAUUUGUGCUGUUUGUGAAAGAAGUUCUUGGAUUCAAAGUGAAGGGAAGUGCUAUAUUCUCUGUAAAGUUCGGCAGUGAAGGUCUUAAAGAGGUAGUUGUCAACUUCAAGUUAUCAAUCGGAGGUAAAAACCUGCCGGCCAUACUGUCUAUUAAGUACACAAGAUCUCAAUUGCAAGGAAAGCCUGUACUUUCUGGACAUCAGUGGCAAAUGAAGAUGGUGAGACUUUUUUUAAAACAUCUAUUUUUUGUGUAAUUCUUUGACAGAUGAUUGGAUGUAAUAACUUAUAUACAUUUCCAUCUUUAGCUAAGCCCUUCGUCGGAGCAAUAAGUGGUUGGGCUAUACCGCUGUGGGCAGGAUUUACAAAACCAUCCUUAGUUUAUAAAUACGAUUUGUUUGCAAGCGUCAGGCUCUAUUAAAAGUGAGAGAUAAUAAACCAAAAUGAUGAAGAUAUUCUCUGGUUAUACCCUACCAUUAAAGGCCUGCUGACAGGCUAGAUAUGUAUAAGUAUUCAUCUUUUUUAAAACAUCAGAACAGGGGAAGAGCAGUUUAAUUCUCUCACAGUACUGACAGGACUAACACAGUACUUACUGUUUAGUUUAUUAGAAGAGUAUCUUUAUCUUGUUUAGAGUGUUUCUGUUCCUGUACACGCCCUGAGACUUGGAGUGGACUUUGCCUUGAAAGUCAAAGUUAAUAUCAAGCUGAGCUUUCCUCUUUCUAAGAAUUCACUUAAUCCCGUCAAACUAACCGUGCAGGUAUGUACAACUCGUCAUAAUAAUAUUGCUCCCCUACUCUCGUUUUCCACACAUUGCGCAGAAUCAGGUUAAGAUGAUAACCGCGACAUGAUAUAAAGGUUAUUGGGUUGUUACGGGAUGCUUAAGGAUUGUUUAAGCUUUAAGUUGGUGGAAGAUUUUUUUGUUGUUCCACGUUGGUAAGGUUUUUGUGCUUAGCGCAGGUACUAGCACAAUGGUGACGAACCUGACGUUUCCGCAAUUUUCUAGGCAUCUGUAUUAUAAGGCAAAUUGCUUAUUCCUUAAGUUGAAUUGUCCUUUACAAACAUAAGAGUAAACCUAGACUGUUCACAGUCCCAAUUUUUCCGUUAGCGUCUAGACUGAGCCGUCACCGUCACUGGCAGCCAUUUUGUAAUUGGUAUCGAAUUUAACGAGGAUGAGGCAUCAGGGUUAAUAGCGCAAUGGCAGCUUCUGGCCUGCGUGGCAGGCGUUAAAAGGGAAAGAGGAAGGGGAAAUCGGGGCGCGCGAGAGCGCGAGAGGCGCUUUCCCUUCCCCUUUUAACGCCUGCCACACAGGCUAGUCAAAAUCAAGUUAGACUUGGUCAAGAUGGCCGCCUGCAGUGCUCGUUCUCGACUAUCUUACGGAAAAAUAGUCGACUGAGAACGGUCUACAGCAAACCCAACCAGGAAGACAUUUCUCCUCGCUAGAAAAUUAAAGCAAUGAAAAUGUAAACCCUUUAACUAUUCGAUUUAGUUACAAGAACUUUAUUCUGUUGACAGAUUGAGCCUUUUUCCGAAGUCACGGCAAGUAUUCAAGGCUAUAUAUCGGCCCACGCUAUCCGUGCUGGUGCCUAUGGAGAAGGCACAUUAGUGCGAGUUGGGCUCCCUGUGACCCUAUCCUAUUGUGACAAAAGGUGGUGCAUAACCCUUUGUUUGAGUUUGAAAGCACUGGAGCUAAAUGCCGGAAUUUUUUAUCAGUGGGGGAACGUGUGGAAAUGGGACUGGGGAGAGCGGCGUACAAUUCAUGACUUCGGAAAAUGGGCUGCGUUACAAACGAACUUGAAGUUGUUUAAUAAGUGUACUGCGCCACCUACCCCGAAGACAGACCCAAGUCCUAAUCCUAUUCCUGAUCCCGACCCUAAACCCAACCCAGCUUCAACAACAGCAACCUCAACGACAUCAUCGAUCGCACCAAGUAUGGCAUCAUCUAACAGCUCAGUUACAAGAACGGAAACAACAACUAGCACAAUAACGACUACAUCUAUACUGACAUCGACGGUAACUGUUUGUACACCAUCACCGUCAUAUAUAUUCACAUUAGCAGAACGCCUUAACGCAACGAUUUCUUCUCUAACAAAUGCAUCAAGUAUGGAAGGCAAAUCAAGAAAAUUUACCACAACUUCAAAGGCCUCAAUAUUUUCGUUAGAAGUAAUUCCAGCAGUCACGAGUAUGGAAGCUAAAUUGUCCAUAGCCACGGCGGGUUUGACUUCAUUGACUUUGCAAGAAACAACACCACUGCCACAAACAAAGACUACAACAGAUGCACAGACUAGAACAGCAACAGCAGUAAAAACACUGGCCACAGAAACUACAGCUGGAAGCAAUUCACCUACUACCGCGCCAGGAACGAAAACAACGGAGACUAGAACAGUUUCUUCGUCGACAGUCAGUGUGCCAAAAAGUUUGCUAAAAGUUACACCAACAACAGGUACAGAAGAUACGCCCACAACGAAUAUGUCAGCUGCAGAGACUUCAACUACACAAACAAAAAUAACGCCAACAUCAGGGGAAGCAACCUCCGCACAAGGUUUACUUGAUCUCACAGUAAGUGCUCCGACAACAGUUGCAGUGGUUCACGUAACAAGGAUGGAUACCGCUAAGGCAUCCGUCACAAAUACAGCGACAUUUACUCCUUUAUCAAAAGUCAGUUAUCCAUCAACUGUAAUCACACCAAACAAACCAGUAACAACUACAAACACUGAAGGAAUCACACCGUCAACAGCUUCCGUCAUUACAGCUAUUACAUCAGCAGUGGCGUUAGAGGCUGCGGAAAUAUCAUCAACAACAACUCUGGACAUUGGAUCAACUACAUCGGCAUCACCAACGGAAACUUCAUCAACGAAGACUACAGCGAUACUAACCGUUAAAGGGACAGCGGCAACUCCAUCUACAGUACUAACUGCAGCCACAGUUGGAUCUUCAGCUACAGAAAUCAUUUCACCGGCACCAGAAAACAUGCCAUCAAUAGCCUCAGAUUCUUUAGCUACAACGAUCAACUCGGAGGUAUCAUCAGUGAUUAAAGCGACUACAUCAAGAAACGCUGAAGCGUCUACACCAGAACUUACCUUUAUACUGACCACAUCGGCUACAGCAACUACACCAACACAAGAAGUUCCUCUCACUUUUCCC